AUGGCUGAAGCAAUCCCCAGAUCGUACUCCUCAAUCGAGAAGGACGAGGUGAUCAAUGAAACUCCUGGAACGAACAUCGACCCAGAGGCUGAAAAGAAAUUGUUGCGAAAAUGCGAUCUUCGUGUCCUACCACCUUUGUUUGUCAUCUUCCUGCUCGCAUUCCUCGACAGAACGAACAUUGGCAAUGCGAAGAUCCAGGGUCUCACCAGGGAUCUUCACAUGGAAGGCCCGAAUUCCGUGCGAUACAACAUCGCGUUGUUCAUCUUCUUUGUACCAUAUGUUCUCUUUGAGGUGCCAUCAAAUUUGAUCCUAAAGAAACUCGCGCCAUCAACAUGGCUGUCGCUCAUCAUGGUGCUUUGGGCAUAUGUCCUCGCCAAAAUGGACGGCUUAGCAAACUACGGCGGCUGGCGUUGGAUCUUUAUCAUCGAAGGGGCUGCCACUGUCGUCGUCGGCCUGCUAACUAAGUUCUGGCUCGUCGACUGGCCCGAGACAGCGAGUUUUCUCAACGAUGCGGAAAGAUCCCUUCUCCUCGCGCGUCUGAGUUCGGAUACGGGGGAUGCAAGUAUGGAUCGAUUGGACAAGCGUGCUGCAAAGCGCAUCGUGCGUGACCCGAAGAUGUACCUUGGCUCAUUGGCAUAUUUUGGCGUCGUAACAUGCAGCAACUCGGGCAGCUUCUUCAUCCCCACCAUCAUCCAUGAACUGGGCUACAAAGCCUCGGACGCCCAAGUCCGCACAAUCCCCAUCUACAUCGUCGCCUUCGUCGUCGCCCUCGCCCUCGCGUGGUUAACCGACCGACUGCAGCACAGAUACUGGUUCUGCAUGACCGGCGUCGUGAUCGCGACGGUCGGAUACAUCAUGCUGCUCGCGCAAAACAACCUGUCCAUUGGCGUCAAGUACUUCGCGCUCUUCCUCAUUAUCCCCGGCCAAUUCGUCACGCAACCAAUUGUGCUGGUGUGGCUGUCGAAUCUGAUGAGCGGGCAUUACAAGCGCAGUGUUAGUUCGGCAGUGCAAGUCAGUUUUGGCAACCUGGGCGGCAUUAUUGCGAGUAACAUCUUCAUUGGGCCCGAGGCGCCCAAGUAUCCGACGGGAUAUGGGACGUGUUUGGGCAUGUUGGGGAUCUGUGCGGUGGCGUGUACGUCGCUGUUUUGGCUUGUUAAGAGUGAGAAUAAGAAGAGGGAGAGGGGUGAGAGGGAUUGGAGACUGCAAGAACCCGAUGCGGAUAAUUUGGGAGAUGAUCAUCCGGCUUUUAGACUGACUACGUGA